AUGAAUGUCUUCGCCACUGCUGGCUGGUCAUCUUUACAGCUGGAGAUUACGAAGUUCUCUCAGCUUAUGGCUCUUCUGGAUACGAAGGUCACUGCACAACAACUGCAUCACCUCCAAGUGGUUUCCGUGGAUGGCCCACCACAAUGGGCGCCUUCCGAGGUCGUCGAUGUGGCUGGGAUCUAUAUGAGGAUGGCUUAG